AUUCAAGUACUUUACAAAAAGUAAGAAAUAUUGCUAAAGUCUUAAUAGAUAAGAAGAAUAAGAUAAAUGAUAACAACGUGCCACAUCCUUUAAGUGAUAAAACAAACAGGCAAAAAGAAAUCAACGAAAAUACUGAAAGUCAACAAAGUGAGUUAGAAGAUGAUGAAGUGAAUAACAACAGUGGCACAUUCUUAAACUAUAUCUCUCCUCCAAUGAAUGAUUCUAAGAAAAAAUGA